GUCAGGCCACAUUUUUUCGAGAAAUUUCAUCAGAAUUGGAUUAAAUUUUCAAUUAUAAAAUGCAAAUUAGGUAGGUAUUUGGUUCAAACUCGAAUAUCACUUCGGUAGAUUUUUUUCUUCAAAGGAACUACAGACAAUGUGGCAGGCAGUCUUUGAAAAUCUUUGUGCAAAAAUAAUAAAACGAGAUAAAGUUCCUCGACAUGUUGCAUUUGUGGCAGAUGGAGCUCGAAGAUUUGGUAAAAAAUAUAAUAUUCCUGUACAAGAGAAUCAUGAAAUUGGCUUAUUCGGCGUAAUGUGGCAAGUAAUUGAUUGGUGUGUUUUGCUGGGAAUUCGAGAAUAUUCUAUUUUAAUGUAUUCUUUUGGAAAUUACAAUCGUCCUAAGGAUGAAGUUCAACAUUGGGUCGUGGUAUUGAAAAUUUGGCUUUUCAAAUGCAUCAUGAAUUGGAAAACUUUGGAAGAAAAGGGUAUAAAAUUCAACUUUUAUGGUAAACUGGAGCUGAUACCUGAAGAAAUCAAUGCUCUGAUGGGUAUGCUGUAUUUAAUGACCAGAAAUAAUACCAAAUGUGUCGUUAACAUGGCCAUGGGUUACACAGGUAGACAUGAAAUGUCAAAGGUGGCUUUUGAACUGUAUCAGGCCAUUCAGGCAGGUAUAAUAGAAGAUGAUCAUUUGACAGAAGAGCUCUUCACCGAAUCAUUAUUUGCUAUUGAGAAUCGUAACGUUGAUCUUUUAAUAAGAACCUCUGGUUAUAAAAGAAUAAGUGAUUUCUUGAGCUGGCAGGCAGCUGGUGCCAUACAAUAUUAUUCCGAUGUCUUGUGGCCAGAAUUUUCCACAAUGGAUUUUUUAAAAGCUGUUUUAUAUUAUCAAAUGCACAGAAAACCUGCUAAAAAUCGUGAUAGAAAUUUUCCUGAACAAACGAGCAACUUCUUGACGAAAUCGAAAGAUGAAAAACGAAACUACUUGCUCAAGUAUUGUUUUGAAAUGGGAUUCUUACCUACGAAAGAUCUAUCUGAAAUGUAUUCUAUUGAUAAUGAACAACUGUAUCGUUGCUUUAAAAUAAAAUAUAAUCUAAUUUGAUCGAAUAA